AUGAGCUCUUCUGCGUCGCCAACCCCCCGAGGGGACGCGUCGGCUCCCCCGGCCGGCUGUCGCGCGUCGCUCGAGCGGAAGAAGAAGGAGUAUGAAGACACACUGCUCCGUCUCACGCUCUGCAACGAUGACCGCUUGCCUGCGGUGCUGGAAAAGCUGCUCCCGAUGGCCUUUCGCGAGCUCGCGUCUUGCCCAGCGCCUCUGAUGCCUAAGGUUGUAGAGAUCCUGAACCACUGUCUGCAUCGCGUCCGCGGCACCACGACGAUGCCGCUGCCCUUCCUGCCGCUGCUCUCAGUCUGGGUCGACGCCGAGGCCGCUCGCCAGUCUGCGGCCUCUGCGGCGGGGGGGACGUCUCCCCCGAACGCGACAGUGAUGAGGAAUGUGCUGCUGCUCUUUCUCUCGCUGGCUGUGCAACGCGCCAAGCCGGAAGAGAAGCUCGCGGCUGCGGACCGUCUCCUCGCCGGGUUUCCUCUGUUUUUUCCGCAGUCCUACCCUGCGGCCUUCCUCCUCUUCUGCGAGUGCCUCUGCACAGGCGCGACGUUGGAUCUGCUGAAAGAAAAGGCAAAGUUGCGCGCAGGCAAAAAACCUGUUGAGGGCGUCUCCUUCGAGGAUUUUGAGGGAAUCCUGGCUGGUGCGCGAUGCCGCGAAGAGGCGGCACCCCAGACGUCGCUGGCUGCCUCGCAUCUCGGCGGUCUCGGCGCCUCCGCGUCAGAGGCGACGCCUUUGGCGACGCAGGCGUUUGCGCAUGCAUGCGUGGAGUUCCUUCUGCUGCCUCCCGCGAUCGGCGCGUGGACGCAGCUUGCGCCGAUCGCGGGCGUCUCUGCGGAGGCGGCGCAGGCGUGGAUGCCGCGUUUGCGCGGGCGGACUCGCCAGGAGCUCCUCGCGUUCCAGACGAACUUGGUGCGCUUUCUGAUCGAAAUCACGCGGUUUGCCUCGCCGCACGCUGAGGCGCAGCGGGCGAAGGAGGCGUGCAGGCACUCCGACAACGCAGACGCACCGCGACCCGACGACGGGUCCUCAGAUGGCCGCGGUCACACACUACCUCCGCUGAUGCUGGCGCCGCUUCUCGUCGCCUCCUGCUUGCCCUUCGAGGGCAUCGCCUCGCCUGCCGCGACCGCGGUCGCGCGCGUGGGCGUCACUGUCGACGGCGGAGAUGCGACGCUUCUCGCGUUCCUCUUCCAGCUCGUCUCGACGUCCUCCACGCCGCCGCUUCUGCCAGGUGAGGCGGCCGCCCUCGCGCGCCUCCCUCUUCUCCCUACCCUCGGCGGCGCAGCGCGGCCGCUGCCGCCGCCGAAGCUGCACAUCAAAGUUCUGCAGCGCCUGGCAACGACGCGCGAAGCCGCCACACUGCCCUUCUGGCGCCACGUCGUCGCGGUCACGAUGCAGGCGCUACUGCCGCCUCUCCUCGCGCCCGCGGGCGGGGCGGAGGCGCCCGCGGCUAGCAGCCGACCGGAGGUGCGCGUGAAGGCCUUGCAGCUCCUCCUCGCCUGCAUCCAGCAGCAGGCGUGGCUUGCCGACGCGGAGACACCGCAGGCGCGGCGCCUAUCCGCCUCGCGCGCCGCGAGCGACGCAGCGAGCCGAGAGGACGGGGCGGAGACGCCGCUGGUAGAUUUCCACGCGCGAGGCGCCAUGGACACACUGGGGGAAGACGAGCGGGCGGUCGCCGCCGCGCUACUGAAGAACCACGACCGCCGCCUGCGGCCGCUGACGCGUGCGAUUGAGGCGCGCGCGUGUGCACUGUUGCAGGCACUUCUUUCGCUGCUGGUUUUCUACGUCAGAGACACCCUCGCCCACUGGCGCCUGCAGCAGGAGAAGGCGCGCGAGAUCCGCGAGCGCAUCCGCAGGCAGAGCGAGGAGGGCGCGCAGACCGCCGUCUCGGCGGCCUCGCGCCUCGCAGCCGCUGCGGCAUCCGCGCCAGAGGCCAGCGUCUGGACCAGUGCGACGGCCGCCGCGGCCGAGGCGGCGGAAGUGAAGGAGCGCGCCGAUCUCUUGCUGCUCACACUUGAGACACUCGCGACGCUCACGCGCGUGUGCCCUGCUGCGCCGCCGGUGGCGGCCGCGGCGAACUCACGGGGCGACUCGGCGGGAGCCGGUCGCGCGCCGGAGGAGACUGGCGACGCGAAGCUGGGCGGGGCCGGUCAGGGCGGCGACGCGUGCGCGUCUUUUUUGUCCGCCCUCUUUUCUUCCGCUCCCGGCGCGUCGGGUGCAGCUGCGGCCUUUCGCUUCUCCUUCGCCGAGGAGGGCGUUCUGCUGCUCGCGCGUCUCGCCUUCUACCUGCUGAGGUUCUGCGCGAGCGACGAAGCACUAUGGGGCGUGGCGGCGCGCGUGACGGGCGAGAUUCCCUCGCUGAGAGGCGCCAGGGCGGGUAAGGCGAAGAGUGCCGCGGCGCUUCCUGCACUCGUUCCUGCGCUGCUGCAGACCCUCGAGGGCGCCGCCGACUGGCUGGAGCGCCGACGGGCGGGCGAGGUGGAGUGGGAAGGCCAGCAGCGGGGCGACGACGGCGUCGCGCAGGGCGCUGUGGCCGUGGGGGCCCUGGCGGUCGCGCCCUCCGCGGAGAGGCAGGCCCUCGAGCUGCGGGAGGCGAGGCGCGAUGGCGCGGCGCGGCGGCGGGAGGGGCGGGCGCAGGCGCUUUCGCUUGAGGUUCUGGACAUCCUCGAAGAGAAUCUGCGCUUCUCUCGAGAUCCGGUGGGCUUCCGCGCCCGGGAGGCAGCGCAGGUCGAGCGCCGGAACGGAGCGGGGACGCCGGCUUGGCGCAGCCUCCUCGAGGGACAGGGCGCGCGCGACCAGCCGGGCGAAGAGACUGGGGAGGAGGACGCCGCAGCCGAAGCCGCGCGCGAGGUGAUGACUCGAGUGAAGCACGCCCUCGAUCAGGAGCUCGUUCGCUUUGCGACGCGCGUCUUCCCCGCCAAACACGCUGCCGCCAGGUUCUUUCCUCUCUUUUUCUCAACAAGCGCCGACGGGGCGACGCGGGAUCUCGCGUGCGCGCUUCUCGACCAGGCCCUUGAGUCGCUGCCGGCAUUCGGUCCCUUCCUCACCUUCUCCCUCCCCCGCCUGUUUCCGCUCUCGCUGCCGUCGUCGCCCGCCGCGUCCGCGGGACGCCCUGCGGCGCCGCGCGCCUCUCCACCUUCUUCGCCGCCUUCCUCCUCUUCAUUGGCGGUCUUUUCGCUUCCCUUUCUGUCGUUUGACGCAUCCCUGGCGGCCGCAGAGGGGCAGCAGUGGCUGGCGCGGUGGGGAGAAGCGACGGAGGAGCUUCUGCGAGGCGCCUCCGAGGUCGCGCUGCUGCCCUUUUGCGCGUUCGCCCUCCGCCUCUUUCGCGAGGAGAAGACGCACAUGCUGAGCGAGUCGCGGCGUCGCGCAGCGCCGAAGCAUCGCCCAGCCCCGGAGGCAACGCCGCACGACGCGGGAGGAGAAGCCGAAGGUCCGCCGCGCGGCGACCGCGUCAAGCGGAUCUGCCUUGAGAGGCCAGAGUCGAGCGACACGGAGGACGCGAGAGAGAGGGACGCGCAGGCGGCGUCGCUGGACGCAUGCGACGCAGACGCUGCGUUCUCGCUUUCUCUCGAAGACUGCGCAUGCUUCCUCUUUCUUCUUCGCAUUCUGCUCCGCCGCGCAGACGCGGCGACUUCCUCGCCAGCCACUUCGGCGGCGUUUCGCGUGUACUGCGAAGGCGUGUUGGAACUUCUCGAAGGCCUUCAGACGUGCGUCCGGCGGCCAGCGAGGGAUGCCGCCGUCUCCUUGCGCGCGGCUUCGGGAGGCCUCCGCCCCUGCCUUGAGAGCGCCGAGGCGCUGCUGUUGGACUCUUCGGCGGAGCCGCUGCGCCUGCCGUCGCCCGUCCGCGCGAUUCUGCUUCUGGUGCAGUCGGAUUUCUCCGUCGUGCAGCGCGCAAUCCUCUUUGCAGAGAUCGAGGGCGCAGAUCAGCAGGCCAAGACCGCGGCGCCCUGGGGCGGAGCCGUCGCGGGGGACAACGGCGCGGGCGACGUGGAGCGGCGCCGCACGCGAACGCGGCGUGCUGUGCGGGAGGGUUGGGAGGACGUGAGGCAGCUGGCUGCCAGAGUCGUGGCGCGGACUGCGCGGCUCGUGACGCAGAGACAGAUGCAGGCCGCGGGCGCCGAGGACGCGGAGUGGGACGCGCUGAACGGCUUGAACAGCGGCGAGCCCUCUUCGGGCGCGGCCGCCUCUCAGCCGGAGGCGGCGCCGCCUCUGUACCUGACUCGCGUGCUGCGCUACUUCCGCGAGGGCCUCGAAGAUGUCGAGGCCGCGGCGCUCGGCAGGCCGCUGCCGGACUUAGCCCCGACGGGGGAGGUCCCGCGCCCCGUCGCCCUCGGCGCCGCGCACGCGUUGGGAAGUCUCUUCGCGCUGGGCGAGCUGGUGGGCGUCGCCGCGCCCGCGCGCGCCGAGGAAACCGCCGAAGCAUCGGCGGCGGACUCGCGACUCGGCGACGAGGCAGAGGAGAUUCAAAAGUCAGUUCAGACAGUCGUGGCUCAGGCGCUGCACUGGGGCGAGAGCUUCACCGGCGGCCGCGCCGCAAAGAGGGAAGCGGUCGGCGGCGGGGCGGAGACGCGCGAGGGCUGUGGCGGCGAGGACGCGACCGGCGAAAAGGCGCUCGCGGAGCUUGCCGCCCGCAAGACAGAGAGAAACAUGAACCUGUGGAAGGUGGAGUUGCUCAGCGGCUCGCUCGCUGCCCUGGCAGACAUCUGCCGCUCGCGGACGCACGCCGUCGCGCAGGCGCUCGUCGCGCUGGAGGAGGCGCGCGGAAGACGUGGGAAAGGCUACUCGGCCGCGAGAGGUGCCGCUGAACCAGCUGCCGAUACACAGACCAACGGAGAGACGGCGGGUCAGAGCGAGCAGGCGCUGGCGCAGGCAAAUUCGGAGCUGAGGGAAGAGGACAAGCUGCUGAACGAGCUUGUCGGUUUCCUUGACGCCAUCGUUCGACAGGCGCUCGUCGUGGCGAUCGAUGAAGUCAGCGGAGAUCUUCGCCCGCUCACAACCUCCUCGCAGCGCGGCGCCUUCGCAGUCUGCAGCUCCGCGUGGCUUUCGCUGGCGGCGAUCGGUGCGUUCAGCAGCCGCGCCGCCGCCGGGGUCGAGGAAGAGGAGGCCGCGCGGCUGCUUGAGAAGGAAACGGCCAACAACGAGAGCGCAGUGGCGGGCACUGGAGCUGAAACAAACGACAAGGGGGAGGCUGCAGGCGCCUUUGCCGCCACGCAUGCCUCUGGGGCCUCGCUGCCGCCUCUGUUCGUUCGGUGCGUGGCGGCACUGCUGCGGGAGACAAGGCGCAAAGCGAGCCUCGUUCGGGCGAGUCUCGCAGUGUCCGUCGCGCGGCUCUUUGCGGGCGCCUCUCUGCGUGGGAGAAGAGAAGUCAUCCAGCAGCUCCUUUUUCUUGGACACUGCGCGGCGCCUUCUGGCUCGCCGGCUGCGCCGGUGAGUCUGCGCUUCUCAGGGGGCGAACGGAGUGGGCCCUUGGGCUCCUUCCCCGCGGCGCAGCUCGACGCGAUGGCGGGGUCGGCAGGCCUCUGUCUGGCCUGCGUCCUGCUGCAUGCGCCGGGAUCGCUCGCCGCGUUUCCAAGCCUCUUCGCGCCGCUGCAGCGCUGCUUCCUUCGCAUGGCGAGCCACGCCGACCUUCUCGUCGGCGCGGCGGGCUGGCGGAGUCUCAGCCGCCUCGCCGCUGUGGCCGUGUGCGCAGAUCUGCGCUGUGCGGCGGGGCGAUCGCCGCGCGCCGCCAGCGACGCACGCGAAGGCCUCGAAGCCGACGCGGAGAGAAAGGAACGCGCCGCCCUCCUGGCACCUGGCGAGCUUUGUGCGACAGAAGCGAAGAAGCCCCAGGAUGGUCAGUCGCUCGCGGCUUCCGCCGGCGGAUUGAAGGCCUUCGAGGGGCUGUUGAAGGAGCUCCUGCAGGCCGUGCCGUCGCACAGCGGCGGGGCGAACGCCCGCCAGCUGCAGCUGCUGGGUUUCGCAGUCAAGGAGGCGAAGGAGAAGUCCGCGGACAAGACGCGCCCGGGCGGCGAGGGCGAGGGAGACGGCGAAGCGGAUGAGGCGCUGGGCAGCACGCUCUCAUCGUCCGUGGACGCGGAGAGCGGGGUGGCGCGGACGAGGCUGCUGCGGCAGCUCGUCGCAGUCUCGCGCGAGCUCAAGGCGCCUCCGCUCGUCUACGUGCUAUUGGACCAGCCGCAGCGCGAUCAGACCCUCUUCUUGCAGCCGGCGCUCAUCGCCGCCUUUGACCUGCUGCGCGGCUUCUCGCACGAGGCUGCUCCGCGGAAAACUCUCGAGGGGAACGGCGCGGGGCUAGACGCCGUCUCCGAGCAGGAGGAGGCGGCAGAACAAGAGGAGAAGGCAGAAAAAGAGAAUGAAGAAGAGGUGGGGCGGCUGGUGCCCGCAGACGCUGCUGCAGCGCAAGAGGAGAGUUCUGCCUACGAGGUUGCGGCUUUUUCGAACGAGGGCGACGAGGGAAGUGCGACGCCGCGCGGCGGUGCGGCGGACAUGAAGAAGGCGGCGAGGCGGCUGGUCGCCAGCGCGUGCAGCGCGGCUUCGGGAGGAGCAAACUGGCUGGCGUUCUCGCUCGCGGUUUUCAUGUACCACAGAGACGUGAGGCUGCGCGAGACUGCGCUGCUCGCCUGCCAGAGCGUCUUCGGCUUCUCCUCAGUCCCCAACUGCUUGCAGCAGGCGCAGGCAAGAGACGAAGAGAGACACACAGAGACGCGCCUCGCCGCGCGCAGAAGCCAGACCGAAGCGCGCCUGCGAAGCGCCGCACGCGCCGGCGCCCACGCGGGGCGGGAGGCGGCUGAGCGACGAGAGGCCGCCGAGAGAGAGAGCCAAGAAAAAACAGAGAAACAAACAGAGAACGAAGCGGGAAAGGCGGAAGAGGAGGCAGCCAGGCACGAACAGGGAGAUACGCUCGCGGAGAAAGCAGAAGAAAGCAGCGAAGGACUCCCGAGCUCCGACGAAAGUGUGCAAGCAGACGAGCGAAGUAGAGUCUGGCUCCUUCUGGCGAAAAGCUUCCUCGCUGCCCUCCAGGGCGCAGACCCUCUGCGACGCGAGGCGGCCUGCAAGGGAGGCGCGGCGUUGUUUAAAUGGGGCCGUCGCUGGCAGGACGUGCGGGAGGUGCUGGAGGAGACGUGGAGAAUCCUGGUGCGCUGCAUGGACGAUCUCUGCGAAGAAGUGCGGGUCGCAGCAGGGCCUCUGUCCCGCGCAGUGAAGCUCAUGACGAUCGGCGUCUGCACUCCCGACAUUCAGGGCGAAAGAGCCGCUCAAGAGGCGAUCUCGCGCGUCGUCCCUCUCCUCCAGCACCUCUGCGACGUCAACAGCAGCAACAAAGAGCUGCGCGUCUUUCUGCUGGAGGCGCUGCGCGCCUGUCUCUCAUCCUGCGGGAGCUCCGUAGCCGCCUGCUUGCCGUCGCUGGUGCCGUUUCUCGUGGACGCGAUCGCGGCCUUCGAGCCCCGUGCCUUCGCCCACUACCAGUUCCACGCCGAGAAGAUGUUUGGCAUCUCCGCGUCGAGCUUUGAGCAGCUGCGAGUGAACUUCAGCAUGAGCGGCGCGACCGCGAGCCUCCUCAAGUCGACAGUUCGGUACAUCACGCCUGAGACGCUCUCCGCCCUCGUGCCUGCGCUGCUCCAGCGCCUCCGCGCGAGCGUUGGCUCGGCGAGUCGCUGCAGCGUCUGCAUGCUUCUCUCUUGGACGAUCACUGAACACUGCGGCAGCAGCUCCGCCGCCCUUCACUCCUCCACUGCUUCACAUUCUUCUUCUCCUCCCUCGUCUUCUUCGGAUUCUUCUGUGUCUGGGGCGGGAGCAGGCGCAGAGGCGGCGGCGCAGGCGCCGUUCGCGCUCGCGCGGCAGGACGCGAAGCGGCUUCUGAAAGGCCUCGCACGCGCCUUGACCGAUCCCUCGCCGGCGGUGCAGAAGGCCGCGGCGACGGCACUCGCCGCCGUCAGCCGCUUCGUCAGCGACGCCGAACUUGGGGAGCUUGUAAGGGCGCAGCUGCUGAAGCCGCUGGGGACGGAAGCCCCAGACGGCGACGAAGGCCCGGGCGGCACGGAGGCGAACCGCUUGGCGGCGCUUCGCCUCGGCGCAGGACGCGCGCUGCUUGAGGUUUGCAAACGCUGCUCCGAGAGGCUGAUGCUGCCGGCGAUUCGUGGACGCAUCGCAGCUCGCAGCUUCGUGCUCUCCCAUGCGGCGCCGGGCGCCGGAGGCGCCGCAGACCGCGAGCUGUGGGAGCAGCUCUUCGCAGAGGUUUCGGCUUCGUCGACCUGCGUGGCUGUGCAGCGCUUUCUGCUGUUCAUUUUGGACGAUAUUCGGCAGCUGCUCGAGAGCGUCUGGCGCGGGGACCGGCGCGACGCCGCGCUCGCGACGCAGGCCGUCUGUCGCGUCCUCUCGCCUGUGUGGGGAGACAUGGCAAGGCGAAGGCUCGACCCAGCGAGAGAGCGCAUCCCUCAAGAAGACGGCAUAGCGCUUGCGGAGCUCCACGCCCUCUUCACCUCGACGCUCGCCUCCACGUCUUCGUUUGACGGCGUCUCUGCGCUCGUCUGCGCGCUGCUUGACCUCGAUGCGCUGCUGCUCACGUUGUUCGCCGCGCGCGCGGUGCCUUCGUUCUCUUUUCUUCUCUCCGCCGCCCCUCCACGGGCUGCGCCGUCUCUCGCGUCGCCGCCGUCCUCUGCAGCGGAUGCGGGAGAGGGCGACGCGGAGGCCGGCGCGCUGGCCGAGCGGAGCGCGGAGGCGCUGCGGGUCGCGCUGUUGAAGACCAAGAGGGCGAAGAGCUUAACAGACAAGGCGACCGUCGUUGAGCAUCUUCCUGUCGUCCUCCGGGGGGUGCCUGCGGAGUGGAUGCGCCACCUGUCUCUGCCGCAGUUCCUGGAGCUGAUCCAGACCGUUUUGGACCUUCUUGACCCCCACCGGCGCCGAGAUGAGGACGACGCGCCGGCGGUUCCAGCCGACGCCAAGAAGGGGAGUUGGCGGGUGAUGGUCAAGGACGAAUGCACACUCGUGGGAUGCCUCCGCGCAUUCUACGUGCUCGUUUGUCUGGACAUCUGCGCGCGCACGGACCGCCUGACCGCGGAGACGCCGCCCACCGAUUUGCCUUGCUUCCGCGAGCUCAGCGCUUACGCCCUGGAGGAGCACGCGCGCGAGGCCGCGAAGGCCCUCGCAGCUGCAGAGCGACACAACGGGGCUGCGAGCGAGCAGAAGGAGUCUCCGCGGUCUUUGAUGCAUGCGCACUCGCGGUUCUUCAGCGCGCCCGGCCUCAUUCCAGCCUGGGACUUGGAGGCGCAGGCUCCAGCGGAGGAGACGACCUCGAGCGAGGAAGCAGCGAAGAGCGGCGACGUGUACCACGGAGGACAGGGCGCCGCUCUGGCUGAGGGAGACGCGAUGAGCAGCGAAGAAAAAGAAAGAAAAGACGCCUACCGAGCGCAGGGCGGUCACGCUGGACUGACAGAGCUUCUGGAGAGGCUCCGCGGCUACUUGACCGGAUCUGUUCAACUCAAAGUCGACCUGCUUGCUCUCACCGAGCAGACGGUCCUGUCGCUCGCGUUUCUUCGCCUGCCUCUGCUCGCGGUAGGGAGCGCAGACGGCGCUUGGACGCCGGUGUUGGGGAGUUUGAUGCUUGACCUCCGCCAGCAGCGAUUCGUUCGCCUCACGCUCUCCGCCUCGCAGCUCCUCGAGGCCUUCUGCGUCCACUACUCGCUCCUGUCGGCUUUUGCCUCUGCAGGAAGUGUGUGCGACUUUGCGCUCUACGCGCAUGCGCUGACUCGCGUAGACUUGGCGCGCGGCGACGCAACUGUGUGGACGCGCGCAGCGGCCGAUGGCGAGGAGGGAGGGGCGGCGUCUACGUGGAGUACAGACGAGCGCGACGACCCUUUCUCAUCUGUCUUUACGGAGUCCGCCUCGCUUUGGCAGCAGUUCCUGGCCCUCUUUGCAGACGCGUCCCGCGAGCGCGAAGAAGGCGACGCACGCGUCGCAAUGAUGCGCCGAAGACUGCGAGAAAAACUCAAGGCUGUCAUUGACAUCUUCGGUCAGCAAGCACGAGAAAUAGAAAGUGCCCAGCACGCGCCCUGA